GACUUCGGUUAUCAGAAAGGAUGCGGGAAUCCCUCCCCCCAACUCUGUGAAAAAGCUGCCAUAUAAAGAUGGUAAGACACCAGCAUUUUGUGCAUACACUAAGACAUUUAUUCUUAAAUUUCCUCACACGCACACACCGUCGACAUCAGGCUGUCACUGAUUCGUUAAGUAGAGAAGUAACGUUCUAACCUCUCGGGGGCGAGCGCGGGCUUAUUGCGUCAUCAGACUGCGCCUCCAGAGACCGCCACGAGACUCCCCUCAAUGGCGCUCUCCUGCAGCGGGCUGCGCCAGGCCGCCUUUCCACGUGUCCCCCGCCGGUCUCUCCUCAGCUGGCCGCGGCUGUGCUCCGAUGAAUCUCCGCAAAAGGAGAACGUGAUUCGGAUCCCCCGCGCUUGGCAGCGGCAGUUGGAAUUGCAAAAGGCCGAGUCCAAUGCGAAGCGAAGAGCCCGCCUGGAGGCCGCCGCUGCUGCCGCCUCUCCAGACACCCGGUCUGGGAAGCUGCUGCUGCGGAGCCGGAGACAGGAACUGAGCCAAAGCUCGGGGCUCAUUGUAGGGCGCUGGGAGCGGCCGCGCUUGGUCUCGGACGGCUGGAAACAUCGCUUGUCCCGGGGGGAUUUUUUCCAGCUGGAGCGGACGAGGCAAGAUCCGCCCCAGGAACGAGACGAAGGCGAUUCUUCCUCUUUCCAGGAACUUGGAGUGGAGCCGCGGGUAGCCUCCGCCUUGCAAGAUGCUUUGGCUAUCUCUAAACCCACCGCCGUGCAGAAGCGCGCCAUUCCCGUCCUGCUGGGCGGGCGCAGCGCCUUGUGUGCUGCAGAGACCGGCAGUGGCAAGACCCUGGCCUAUCUGCUGCCGUUAAUCCAGCGGCUCCUUCAAGGACAGAGUUUAUUUGCAAGCCAUGCUUCCCUCAUCUCUCCCCGCGGUUUGGUAGUGCUGCCUUCGCGGGAAUUGGCAGGACAAGUACGCAGCGUUGCUUCUUACUUGUGUGUGAGGUUGGGCUUGCAAGUGAGGGAGAUCGGCGGAGGCCGGGGAUUGGGCGCUGUCCGUCGGAAUCUGCGUGGUGGACCCACUGAUCUCCUGGUGGCCACACCGGGUGCUCUGUGCAAGGCUUUGCAAAGACGGGUGCUGUCGUUGGAGAAAUUAUGCUUCCUGGUGCUGGAUGAAGUGGACACCUUAUUGGAUCCCUCCUUUGUGGACCUGGUGGAAGACCUGCUUCAGCAGACUCCCCUCCCCACCAGCCAUACAAAAGCAAGUGAUGACUGGGAUCCAAAAACCCAGCUGGUGGCUAUGGGAGCCUCCCUGCCAAAGGGGGUGGGUGAUCUGUUGAGCAAAGUCACUGAUGUGAGCACCUUCAGCAUCCUGACCAGCUAUUAUCUGCACCGUCUUCAGCCUCAUGUUGAACAAAAAUUCAUACGCCUGAAGGGCAGUGAGAAAGUGACUGAGCUGCUGCAGCUCCUCAAAGAUCGAGGCCCCACCUCUGGAGCUGUUCUGAUUUUCUGCGGCAGUGCCAACACGGUCAAUUGGCUUGGUUACAUCUUAGAUGACCACAAGAUAAAACACCUUCGCCUGCAGGGACAGAUGCCAGCAACUAUGAGAGCCAAUCUCUUCACUCGCUUCCAGAAAAGGCAGUUUGACAUCUUGGUAUGUACAGACAUAGCCUCUAGGGGACUGGACACCACGCAGGUGGAGCUAGUGGUCAACUAUGACUUCCCACAGACAUUGCAUGACUACUUGCAUCGGGUGGGGCGAGUGGGCCGCGUAGGCAGCAAGUUUCCAGGGACUGUGGUCAGCUUUGUCACCCACAAGUGGGAUGUAGACCUGGUCAAGAAAAUAGAAACUGCUGCUCGCAAAAAGGCUCCACUGCCGGGCAUGGAGCCUCCAGUUAAGAAGCCACAGCCUUAAUGAGGUUUGAGCCCAACUGAAGCCUAAGAUAGCAUUUGAAACCUGUAACCUCACGGUUCUGAUCAAUGGUGCAGCAUAAUAUUUUGUAUAUUUAACGUGAGCAUAUAAACAGCCAAAGAAAUGGUAAUUCAACCUAAGAAACUUGUGAUAAAUAAAGUUUCAAGCAUAAA